AUGUUACCGUCGCUCUACGACGCCGUCAAAUACACACUUGAAUGGAUGGUUCCCCUCCUGCCUCAAAUCCCCAUCGUCCCCUUCGGAAUCGCGGCUCGCGGUGUCUUGGUCCGCUACAGGGCUCACUACACGCCGAAACGCCUCCAGCUCGAUGCAGAGGGUGACGUACGGCCCUACACUGGGCCUGUUGUUGCGAGCUACUUUGGCAUGUACAGACGUGUUUAUAACAUCGAGUCGUUUGCGGCGGUCGCGCCGCCGAUUCAGGGUGUUUCGGGAUUUCUCAAAGGUCCAAUGCCCUUCGAUUGA